AGGUAAAAACCAAACCAAACCAACAACCCCCAAACAAACUCCACCUUUUGAAAUCAUCGUCAUUUCAAGAAAGUACCUUUUCAUCAAAUCUCCGGCCGGCCAGCCAGCCAGCUGUUUCACAACAGACAAGAACCAAGAACAGAAAGAUCCUGUUUUUCUUGCUAGGAACUGAUAUGGGUAGGCCUCCAUGCUGUGACAAACAGGGGGUCAAGAAAGGGCCUUGGACUCCUGAGGAAGAUAUCAUGCUUGUCUCUUAUGUUCAAGAACAUGGCCCUGGCAAUUGGAGAAGUGUUCCUUCCAAUACUGGUUUGAGAAGAUGCAGUAAGAGUUGCAGGCUUAGAUGGACAAACUACCUCAGGCCAGGUAUCAAGAGAGGCAACUUCACUCUUCAAGAAGAGAAGAUGAUCAUUCAGCUUCAGGCUCUCCUUGGCAACAAAUGGGCUGCCAUUGCAUCUUAUCUUCCAGAGAGAACAGAUAAUGACAUAAAGAACUACUGGAAUACACAUCUGAAGAAAAAGCUGAGAAUGGUUGAAAGCGGGGGAGAAGAUUAUUGUGGUCUGUCUUCCGCUGAGCUUAAUAACAGAUUCUCCUCUUCAUCUUCAAUCUCUGGGUCUUCCUCAAAGGGCCAGUGGGAGAGGACGCUUCAAGCGGAUAUAAACACAGCCAAACAAGCCCUAAAUGAUGCUUUAUUAACUCUUGAGGAUGUCCAUCACAGAACUCUGCUACCUGUGGAUUUCACCUCCCACGCGCCGCCGCCGCCGCCGCUGCAGUGUAAUAAUAACAACGUCAACGCCGCCGCCUUGUACGCCUCCAGCGCGGAGAACAUCGCAAGAUUGCUCAAGGGGUGGAUGGGUGCUCCGGCGAAGUCCUUCUCGACGUCGACGGGGACUUAUCAGGUGUCCUCUAAUAGCAACGCCGCCGGUAUGACCGCCGUCACCGACACCUCUUCAUCCUCCGAUGAUGCUACCCGACAGGACGAGAUUUGUUUGGACGAAGCGUUCGAUUCCCUGUUUGGGUUUGACACUUCCAUGACGUCCGACCAGUUGUCCCAGUCUGCCUCGCCGGAAGAUGGCGCCGGCGGCAUGUUUCACGGCGAGAGCAAGCCGCAAAUCCCGUUGUCGGCUAUGCUGGAGAGCUGGCUUCUCGACGACAUUCAUGGGGUUGACUAUGGAAAUGCUGAUUUGUUUUAGAAUAAUCAUUUGCUAAAUGUUAUUAGUAUCAUUUUUUUGUAGCAACUAAACUGCUCGUUUUUUGGAGAUAAAGCAUUGAUCUGAUCGUAUGUUUCUACCGGAUUUGCCGGAUAAUUGUCCGGCCAUUGACCUUCUAGAAAAAGUCAACAAAAAGUCAUCAUAUCGAUCCCUUGCUGGAAUUAAGGCGGUUUUUUCGUUGUUUCCCGCCAUCUUAAGAAGAACAUACCGAGUAUAUAAGAGAGAAUUUGGUGAAAAAAGUUUUAAAAUUCCAA